AUGGUCCUGAGAGAUUCCCAGAACCACUCCACACCCAGGCCAGGAUCUGAUUCUGCCUUGGCACUGAGGCUGGUGAAUGGAGGUGGCCAGUGCCAGGGCCGUGUGGAGGUCUUGUACCGAGGCUCGUGGGGCACUGUGUGUGAUGACAGCUGGGACACCAAUGAUGCCAACGUUGUCUGCAGGCAGCUGGGCUGUGGUUGGGCCAUAGCAGCCCCUGGAAAUGCCCGAUUUGGUCAGGGCUCAGGUCCAAUCAUCCUGGACGAUGUGCGCUGCUCAGGACAGGAGUCCUACCUGUGGAGCUGUCCCCAUAAUGGCUGGCUCUCACAUAACUGUGGACAUGGUGAGGACGCUGGUGUCAUCUGCUCAGGACCCUCUUCAAAUUGUGGUGGCCUCUUACUCAAUGCCAGUGGCACAUUUUCCAGCCCAUCCUACCCUGGAUUCUACCCCAACAAUGCUAAUUGUGUCUGGGAAAUAGUAGUGAAUUCCAGUUCUCGCAUAAACCUGGGCUUCAAUGAUCUCCAGUUGGAGAUGCACAAUAAUUGCAUGUAUGAUUAUGUUGAAAUCUUCGAUGGACCACUGAACAGCAGCAAUUUGCUAGGGAAGCUUUGUAACAGGACCAGGCAGGUAUUCACAUCUUCUUCCAACCGAAUGACCGUCCGAUUUCGAAGUGACGUCAGUUUCCAAAGCACUGGCUUUUCUGCUUGGUUUAACUCCUUUCCAAGUGAUGCCAGACUGAGAUUGGUCAGCUCAAACUAUUCCCACGGCAGAUGUGCUGGGCGUGUGGAAGUUUACCACAGUGGAAGGUGGGGGACAGUUUGUGAUGAUUCCUGGGAUUUCCAGGAUGCCCAGGUGGUCUGCAGACAACUGGGGUGUGGAAAUGCAGUGUCAGCCCUGGGAGGGGCCUAUUUUGGCCCAGGCUCUGGGCCCAUCACUCUGGAUGAUGUGGCAUGCUCGGGGACAGAAUCUACACUCUGGCAGUGCCAGAACGGAGGCUGGUUCACCCACAACUGUGGCCACUACGAAGAUGCAGCUGUCAUCUGCUCAGCUCCCGUUUACAACAGCAGCCGCCCAACCACAAAUUAUUCCUGCGGAGGCUUCCUAUCCCAAAGCUCUGGACAGUUUUCUAGCCCCUUCUAUCCCGAAAACUAUCCGAACAAUGCCAGGUGUGUCUGGGACAUUGAAGUCCAGAACAACUACCGUGUGACCGUCAUCUUCAGAGAUGUCCAGCUGGAAGGUGGCUGCCGCUAUGACUACAUCGAAGUCUUUGACGGCCCCUACCACAGCUCCCCGCUCAUCGCCCGGGUUUGUGACGGCAGCGGCUCCUUCACUUCCUCUUCGAACUUCAUGUCUGUCCGCUUUGUCAGUGACGGCAGCGUCACGAGGAGAGGCUUCCGGGCCGAGUAUUACUCGAGCCCCUCCGACGACAGCACCAAGCUGCUGUGUCUCCCCAGCCACAUGCAAGCCAGUGUGAGCAGGAGCUACCUCCAAUCCCUGGGCUAUUCGCCUCAGGAUCUCGUCAUCCCGGGCUGGACUGGGCGCCAGUGUCAACCCCAGAUAACAGCAAGCCAGGUGAUAUUCACAAUCCCCUACUCGAGCUGCGGCACCACCAAACAGGUAGACAAUGAUACCAUCUCCUACUCCAACUUCCUGAAAGCAACCACGCCAAGUGGCAUCAUCAAAAGGAAGAAGGACCUGCACAUUCAUGUCAUCUGCAGAAUGCUGAAGGACACCUGGGUUGACACAAUGUACAUUGCUAAUGACACCAUUGAGGUCAAGGAAAUCCAAUAUGGCAAUUUCGACGUGAACAUCUCCUUUUAUACAUCCCCUUCAUUCUCCUAUCCUGUGACGAGCUCCCCAUACUAUGUGGACUUGAACCAGGAUUUAUACCUUCAGGCAGAAAUCCAUCAUUCUGAUUCCUCCCUGGCCUUGUUUGUGGACACCUGUGUGGCAUCGCCAUAUCCCAAUGACUUUACAUCUCUGACUUAUGACCUAAUCAGGAGUGGGUGUGUGAAAGACGAAACGUACCGAUCCUACUCCCAGCCGGCCCCGGGCAUUGCUCGCUUCCGAUUCAGCUCCUUUCACUUCCUCAACCGCUUCCCCUCCGUGUACCUGCAGUGUCAGAUGGUGGUGUGCAGGGCCUACGACUACUCCUCACGGUGCUAUAGGGGUUGUGUGGUGAGGUCCAAGAGGGGCGUGGGCGCCUACCAGGAGAAGGUAGAUGUCAUCCUGGGCCCCAUCCGGCUGCAGGCCCCAGAGAAGCGGAGUCUGGACCUGUCCGUGGCUGGUGGCGACAAGCCAGUCAGCUCCCAGGGACACUAUCCCAGCACAGCUGCCAUUUCUGCGGGGGUCUUCUUGGUCGUGGUCCUGGUCGUGGCAGCCUUCAUGCUGGGGAGGAGGGCACGCGCCACUGGUGGCCGACCUCUGAGCUAUAAAAUGUGA